UGCCCCUCCCACCGCGGGACCCUGGCCUGCCCUCUGGAAUGCCAUGUGGCCACCACUGCCUUCCCUGAGUGCCCAGGGGACUCCCUCCCACACCUGAGCCCUGCGUGUCUCUCCCAGGGUUCUCAGCUCUCAAAGAGUGUGAACGGGGUAGAGAGGGCGAGGGGGGGCAGGUAGGAGAAAGAAUCUUAAGCAUGUUCCAUGCUCAGCGUGGAGCCCCACUCGUGGCUUGAUCCUACGACCUGAGAUCGUGACAGCCUAAACCACAGACGCUCAAUGGGCUGAGCCACCCAGGUGCCCCCGUGGCUGAUGGACACAGCUGAUUCUUACAGCUUCCGGCUGGCCAGGCCAGGAGGGUGGGCCCUGUGGCCUGGGGGUCCAUUGCUGUAGCUGCACGCACGCUGCCACAUGAGCCCUUCGGCAGGCCACUGUGAGUCCCUGGGGUGAUGAGAGCGCGCCCUACCCGUGGGGUGUUGUAAGGACGGACACCGGAAGUGCUCGCGAUGGGUGUUCUUGGGAAAGCACUGACCAGCAGGUGGCAGCCGAGCCCGGGGGAGAACCCCCCAUUUUUCCUACAGCAGCGGGGAGCUGGGCUCCAGAGGGGGUGGCAUCUGCGAGGUGUCACGUGGCGGGGGCACCGCCCUCCCUCCUUACCCUCGAGCUCACGGAGAUGGGCACACCUGGUCUUGGAGUCCCUUCUGCGGCCGCUGCCCCAGGUGCCUGAGCCUCUCUCCCCUGGCCUUUUAGGGACAGAAGAUGAGCCUGUCUGUCCUGGAGGGCAUGGGCUUCCGUGUGGGCCAGGCCCUGGGCGAGAGCCCCAGUGGCUGUCCCCCGCUCCCCACGCUAGGCUACCCCAGGAGACCCUGGCCUUCAGGGAGGAGCUGGACGUCCUCAAGUUCCUAUGCAAAGACUUGUGGGUGGCCGUGUUCCAAAAGCAGAUGGACAGCCUCCGCGCCAAUCACCAGGGAACCUACGUGCUGCAGGACAACAGCUUCCCCCUCCUCAUCCGGAUGGCCUCGGGCCUGCAGUAUCUGGAGGAAGCACCCAAGUUCCUGGCCUUCACCUGCGGCCUCCUGCGAGGUACCCUCAGCACCCUGGGCAUCAAGAGCCUGGUCACCGCCUCCGUGGCAUCCCUGCCCACCUGUAAGUUCCAGGUGGUGAUUCAGAAAACCUGAGGAGCCCCAGGCCCCCACCCCAGCUGAACCUCACAGCCACCCCCUGCCCGGGGGCCUCGGACCACUGCCUUCGGGGGCGGCCAGAGGGCUGGCAUCAGGCACCCCAGACUCCAUGGGUGAUGAACAAGCGGGGGUGGGGGGCCAGCUGCUUCAGGGAGUCCCAUGUGCUCAACGGGUGGGCGUCCUAGGGAGGGAAGGGGGUCCCAAGGACAAAGUGGCCCAGGUUGGGGCCGGUGUGAAGGGCUCCCUGCCCGGGACUCCUCCUCCUGCCCUGCAGGUGCCCAAUAAAGGUUCUGUUUGUGGAGCUGGA